AUGAUCAAUCGUCACCGACGCAACCAGACCCAGAAGGAGCGCAACAUUCGAACUACCGAGAUUCUGAUCCACGCGACGGAUUUCAAUAAACGGCUCGUCCAGGCGUUCAACUCCGACGAAGCAAAGCAGCCAGAAGACGUCAGAGAUUUACGAGAUGAUCAACUCGACGAUGACUUUCCUGAACCCGAUGACGAUCGCGAUGAAGACGAGAUUGACGACGGCGACAACACCGGAGAAGACGAAGAUAAUGCUGUUGAGUGA